AUGCAGAGCGAGGUUUGUGCUGAGAGAGGGACUUGUCAGUGGCUGGCAGGAGUUAUCCUGGAGGACUGUGGUGGUGGCGUCCAGUCAACUGAGCCUCUGCAGCCUGUGGUUAUUUGGUCUGAAGAAGAUAGGAGUGAAGAUGGAGCAAGGCUAGGUGGAGGAAAAGUUACUAUUUUGCUUUUGGUGGACAACAAGCAGAAAGCCUUUUACUCCCGAGAGCCCUUCCUGGAUUUAUUCGCUGUACAAGGACCGAGUUCCUGUGUCCUGUCUACAUCUGAGGAUCAUCUUGGACAAGUGAUGGGAGACUCCCAGAUUCUCAGCUCCUCUCCAGCUUUAGCCGGAGCUGGCUGGCUAUUUAUUUCAGUAGAGAAAAAUGGGAAGACCAGGGUAGACCCGUUCCGGAUUAGUGACCCUGGGCGAAAGGGAGUGCGCAUGUGCAAUAAGAGAAGCGGCGCAGGGGCUGGGAAACGGGGUGUAAAUGAGUGUGGUGGGCGGAACGACUUCUCUGCGAGUGUGUCAGAAUGGGGAAUUCUGGCGCUACUUCCCCAGGCCGUGGGGAGCCUGGAUCCAUUGAUCGAGCAGUCAAAUCCUCUGUACACGCUUAUUAGACUCCUGCUGUGUGCCAGGUGUACUAAGAGAAAGUCUCCCCACCUUGGGACUCCCACUCCUAAAAGAACCACAGCCUGGCCUAAGCAGAGUCCCUGGAGCCAGAGGGAAUGGCCCCUGGGACCCAGAGGCCCCCAUCCCAGCCCAGGUUCUAGACAGAGAGGCACAAGUGCUGACAUUAUUCAUUCCACCUUUGAGUAUGACAUCCAGCACCAGCAGGUGAUUGUUGUUACCUGCGAUUCCAGGGAUGGCACAGGGACAUUCUCUGCUUCUAAUCUGUACAACCUGGUGUUUGAACAGGGGUCAAUAACAUUCAAGGAUGUGGCUGUGGACUUCGCUCAGGAGGAGUGGUGCCUGUUGGACCAUUCUCAGAAAGAGCUGUAUAUGGAGGUUAUGCUGAAGAAUGUGCAGAAUCUCUUCUCUGUGGGUCUUCCCAUUCCUAGAGAAGAUUUUCUCUCUUGUUUUCAUCAAGGGGAAGCACCAUGGCUGCUAGAGCAAAAAGGCCCAAGGAGCUCCUGUCCAGAGCCAGAGACCAAUUUUGAAGUCAGGAAGAUAUCUAUAAAGCUGAGCCUUUAUCUGCAAGGAUGUGACUCUCAAAGAUGCAUGAAUGAGGGUUCCUCUGACUUCAUUUUGAGAGAAAUCUGUGACUCUAAUAGCAAGAGACAUGGUCUUGCUAAACAUCAGAGAAUCCACACUGGGGAUAAACCUUAUGAAUGUAAACAGUGUGGAAAAACUUUCACACAGAGGGGCAGUCUUUUUAUACAUCAGAGAAUCCACACUGGAGAGAAACCUUAUGAAUGUAAACAAUGUGGAAAGACUUUCACAGAAAGGAAAGGUCUUGCUAAACAUCAGACAGUCCACACUGGAGAGAAACUUUAUGAAUGUAAGCAAUGAGGAAAGACUUUUUCACAGACUAGCAGUCUUUUUAGACAUCAGGUAAUCCACUCUGGAGAGAAACCUUAUGAAUGUGAACAAUGUGGAAAGGCAUUUGCAUUGAGGCACAGUCUUACUACACAUCAGAGAAUCCACACUGGAGAGAAACCUUAUGAAUGUAAGCAGUGUGGCAAGGCUUUCACAAAUAGGGGGCAUCUUACUCGACAUCAGGUAAUCCACUCUGGGGAGAAACCUUAUGAAUGUAAGCAAUGUGGAAAGACUUUCUCACAGAGGGACUGGCUUGCUAGACAUCAGACAAUCCACUCUGGAAAGAAACCUUAUGAAUGUAAACAAUGUGGGAAGGCAUUCACAGAAAAGCGAAGUCUUUUUAUACAUCAGAGAAUCCACACUGGAGAAAAACCUUAUGAAUGUAAACAAUGUGGAAAGACUUUUUCACAGACUAGCAGUCUUUUUAGACAUCAGGUAAUCCACUCUGGAGAGAAACCUUAUGAAUGUGAACAAUGUGGAAAGGCAUUUGCAUUGAGGCACAGUCUUACUACACAUCAGAGAAUCCACACUGGAGAGAAACCUUAUGAAUGUAAGCAGUGUGGCAAGGCUUUCACAAAUAGGGGGCAUCUUACUCGACAUCAGGUAAUCCACUCUGGAGAGAAACCUUAUGAAUGUAAGCAAUGUGGAAAGGCAUUCACAAGAAGGAGCUAUCUUUUUAUACAUCAGAGAAUCCACACUGGAGAGAAACCUUAUGAAUGUGGACAAUGUGGAAAGACUUUCACACAUAGGGGCAGUCUUGCUCGUCAUCAGAGAAUCCACACUGGAGAGAAACCUUAUGAAUGUAAGCAAUGUGGAAAGGCUUUCACAGAUAGGAGUGAUCUUCGUAAACAUCAGAGAAUCCAUCCUGGAGAGAAACCUAAUGAAUGUAAAUAAUGUGGAAGUUUUCACACAGAGGGACCCUCUUGCUAG